AAGCGGGGGUCCUUUUGUUCAACACAGCAUUAACACGCUUGCUCCCUUCGAACCAGACACCCUGCCCUACCUGUCUACUAUCCCUCCCCGGCUCCCCUUCGUCUUCUUCUUCGAGAGCCGUCUAUAAAUCCAUGUCUGCAUCUCAAGUUGCACCACUAGUCCAGCACCACUACCAUCGAUCGUACAUAGUAGAGCACUAGUUGCACUAGCUAGGGAGACUACUGCUAGUGAUCCACAUGGCCGGAGCUACUGCUAACGGAGGAGGCGCGGCCGCCGCUGCUGGUGCGACGGGGGUGGGGUCGCCGUGCGGGGCGUGCAAGUUCCUGCGUCGGCGUUGCGUGCCGGAGUGCGUGUUCGCGCCAUACUUCAGCAGCGACCAGGGCGCAGCGCGGUUCGCGGCCAUCCACAAGGUGUUCGGCGCCAGCAACGCCUCCAAGCUGCUCUCGCACCUCCCCGUCGCCGACCGCUGCGAGGCCGUCGUCACCAUCACCUACGAGGCGCAGGCGAGGCUCCGCGACCCCGUCUACGGGUGCGUCGCGCAGAUCUUCGCCCUCCAGCAGCAGGUCGCCAUCCUGCAAGCGCAGCUGAUGCAGGCCAAGGCGCAGCUGGCGUGCGGCGUCCAGGGCAGCGCGCACUCGCCGGUGAGUCACCACCAGUGGCCGGAUCACAACAGCAUCAGCGCCCUGCUCCGGCAGGACAACCGCGCCGACUGCUUCCCCAGCGGAGCGCUGUUGCCGGAGCUCAUGGCCGGCUUCAGGGACGACGUCGGCGUGCAGCAUUGCGCCAAGGCGGACGCCGGGGAGCUCCACUACCUAGCCCAGGCCAUGAUGAGGAGCCCCAAGUACUCCAUGUAGAAUAAGACCAUACAUUUAGCUGCCAUGCCGUCUCCACUUGCCUGAUGCAAGCGCGAGAGCUAGAAUGGAUCGAAAAGGAAAUUAACUUGUACUGAACUUUUUUUAAUAUCAGUGUUCUGAUCUUAAGUAGUAGAAAUAAUUGUAGGCAAGUGUGCUUUGAUGAUCACUAGAAUCUGUCUAAUUGGAUAAAUAAGAACUUGUGUUAUUGCAAGGACUUACAGAUAAA